AAUUCAUAUCUCGUUAUUGAAGCUCAGCGAAACUCGGCUGUAUUUCACCGUGAUGUCACUCAGAAUGACUCCUCCUCUUCCUCUGGUCUUCCUGCUCAUGAUUGUUGGAGCUUUUGGAACAGAGUGGAGUGUGAAGUACAAACAACAGGAAAUCUGUGCUUUAAAUGGAUCCACAGUGUUUAUGAACGGAACUUUUACUCACCCAAAACGUCUCACAGUGACAAAGACUUUCUGGACUAUAGACCCAGUUCCAGGGGUGGAGCCGACUGAUCUGAGUAAAGACCCAGUUUAUUCAGGCAGAGUCGAGUUUUUCACUGAUGAUCAGAAACACUUCUCCCUCAAACUGAGUGAUGUAGUGAAGAAGGAUGAACAUCAGUUCUGCUUCAGAAUCAAAACAUAUGUAGAAAAAGAAAGAUGGGCAGGUUUUCCUGGAGUUCAUCUCAGAGUUACAGAGCUCCAUGUAGAAGCUCCUGAAGAAGUGACAGAGGGACAAACAGCAGAUCUGACAUGUAAGACCACCUGCAGUCUGACUGACCCAACAUUCAUCUGGUACAAAAAUGGACGUCCUUUAACCACAAAGACCAUCAAGAUCAACCAGCUCCACCUGCAGACAGUCAGCAGUGAGGAUGCAGGCAGUUAUAGCUGUGCUGUAGGAGGAUCUCAACACCUCCGCUCUACUGCUCACAGCCUCAGAGUCAGAUAUCCUCCAAAGAACGUCUCAGUGUCCAUCUGUUCCUCUGGUGAAAUAGUGGAGGGCAGUUCAGUGACUCUGACCUGCAGCAGUGAUGGAAACCCACCUGUGAAGAUCUACACCUGGUUUAAAGAAGGUGGAACCUCACCUGUAGGAUCUGGACACAGUUACAGCAUCAUCAGCCUCACUGCUGACCACACUGGACUGCACUACUGUGAAGCUCAGAAUGAUCAUGGAGCUCUGAAUGGAACUGUGAUGGUCACUGUUAAGACAUGUGGUUCAGUGGUUCUGUAUUCAGUGGUUCUGUAUGUCAUUGUUGGAGUCAGUCUCUGUGGAAAUGCAGCUCUGCUCACUGUGGUUUUCUGGAGGAGGGGCAAAAGAAACCUGAAAGAGCGAGAUGAUGAGAACGCUGACCCUAAUGCUCAGGACAACACAUACACAGCUCUUCAUCCCUCAGCCAGGUCCUCUGAUGAUGUGUACCACACACUUGCAGCUGUUCAGUCCAGCUCUCCUGAUGACACGUACGCAGCUCUGGACCUUCAAUCCUGUUCUCCUGAAGACCCGUACACAGCUCUGGACCCUCAGUCCAGGUCUCCUGAGUAUGACACUCUAGCAGUGAGUUCUACACGUUAAACUGUGAUCCUCAGUAACAGAGAAGGUGAUAAACUCCAUAUACCAUGGAUUCACUUUAGAUCGCUGCAUCAUGAUCCAGGGUGAGGGAACAAGGUGGAUUAGCACUAAGAUUAAGGAUGUUGUAAUGAACUGUGUUUGUGGAUGUUUGUUCUGAGUUUGUCUGUUUCUUUGUUGUUCAUGUUUCUCUAUAUCUGUGAGCUCAGUGUUUCAGGAUCUCUAAUUAUUUGGAGAUACACUUAAAUGUCAGAUUGUAUCAUUUGUUAAUGUUCAACACAUGAAGAUAUCUCUAUUUUAGCUUUUAAAUUAAAAAAAAUCCUGCUA